GGAAGGGAGAGGAGGAAGGGGACAGUAGAGAGCUCAAUCUCAGCCUCAAUGAAGAGAGGAGAACAUGUUCCCAUCCCUGGUCUCAUCUCUGAGCUAAACUCAGGUACAGGGGGUGCCAUGGGGCUCAAGAACUCUGUUUUGUACUCUCAGACGCCAAAGUGAUGUUACCCCUCAACUUCUCGGAGCUGUUCUUCAAAAGCCUGCUGCUCAUUGGCUUGGCACAAGGACUAGACGAUCUCCCUGUUCCUUCUUCAGCUAGGAAUUCCUGCCCUGAGGGCUUUACUUUCUACAACUUCAACUGCUAUGGCUUAAUACAUCAGGAAGAGGAUUGGAACACUGCAGAACUGCAGUGCCAAGGCUACAAUUCAGGCCACCUUCUGUCCCUAUUCAAUGAAGCUGAGACAUAUAUGGUGGCCACCAUGAUCCUUGAGAGUGGGAACUCUAAGAAGCCCGUUUGGAUUGGCCUGCAUGACCCCAGACAGAACCGAAGGUGGCACUGGAGCAGCAAUGGCCUUGUGACCUACCUAGCCUGGGAUCAGGGGGCCCCUAGUGGAACCAAUCCAAACUAUUGUGUAAUCUUGACUCAGGAUUCAGGUUUCACAGCCUGGAAGGAUGAAUUGUGCAGUGUGAAGCUCCCCUACAUCUGCAAGUUAAAAGCCUAGAAGUGGCAAGCCAAAAGAAUGAGUUGAGGUUCUCCAAUUCUGGAUUCCAACAACCAUUCUGAAGGCCCUGUUGAUAGCCUCUCAGCCCUCCUGGAGAAUCUUCUUCGCAUCCCACCUCCUCACACCUGGACCUCCCUCCCCUCCAUGUUUUCUUCCAUUACUCUCAUUACCCUUGACCCAGAGCACUGGCCAAUCAGAAUAAACUAUCCUCUCUCCU